CCAUUUGUAGCCCUAAAAUAAAAUAUAUUCAAAAGUGAAAAUUCAAAUAAUUUAGACUUUUUAUAAAUUCCACACCAAGAACACAAAAUCUCCUUGAUACUAGAAAAUAUGAACGAUUUGAAUCAACAUUUUAUGCCUUUUAAAAUAACUUUUACAAAAUAUUUUCACAGAUGCUAACAGCUUUCAAUAAUUGUUAAGUCCAACUUAGGAUCUUUGUGAAACACCACCCCCAGUAAUAAAACUGGCCCAUGAGCUCCGUGCAUUACAGACACAUGUGCUGUACAAUUCCCAAUUAGUGCUGUUUUUACAUGUUAUUGUUUGACUGUUUCUUUAUUUGAUAUCCCAACAGGUGGUAUCAUUCAGUCAUUUCUUGGUACCAAGCCGAGACAUCAGUCUGAUUCUGUUUCGUAGGCAACUCCAGGAAAGAGAACAGCUCUCCUCUGCAUCACCACACUCCCCCGCAAUACGCAAGAUGACCCUCACAAAUGUCUCUCCACUGCAAUGGGAUAAAAUUGAGGUUGAGGGUCAUCCUGUUGACCAUCCGUCCAUCGCUCAGCGAAUCUAUGACCCUGUAGAGCUAGAUGAUCCAGAGCUCAGUCUUGGAAAGCAUCGUAAACUUCUUACAUUCUCUUCUUAUAUGGUAUCUGUGGUAGACUACACCAAGCCAUCAGAACUAAAGAAGGAACUGAAUAAUAAAUUCAGGGAACGAUUCCCAAACAUAGAUCUGAGUCUCAGUAAGCUGAGAAGUUUAAAACGUGAGAUGAAGAAGGUAUCCGACAACUGUUCUCUUGAUCCUUGGAUUUUAGCCGUCAGCUAUGUCUACUUUGAAAAGCUUGUUCUACAUCGAAAGGUCAACAAGGAGAAUCGUAAAUCAUGCUCGGGUACUUCUCUUCUACUCGCAGCCAAGUUGAAUGAUGUGAAAGGGGCUGACCUGCAAACUCUUAUCAAGGAUAUUGAGUCUGUGUUUCGGGAGAGCCGCAAGACCCUGAUUGCCUUUGAGUUCCCGAUCCUGGUAGCGCUAGAGUUCUCACUCCACGUGCCGGAGCAUGAAGUCAUGCCUCACUUCAAACGCAUCAUGCAGCAGUCUUGACGAGGUGGACCAAAUUCACUCUCCAUCCUGUGGGGCAUCAAUCAGUGCUGAGCACGAUCAUGUAGUUAUACUCGUAGCAGACAUCACAUAUGAACAAAAUGAGCUAGAGUCCUGCCACACUACAAAGGUAUCAUACAGCAAUGGCCCUGUCUUACAAAGAGUUGAUAUUAAUCGCAAUAAAUUUAUGUAUGUAUCAAAGAGAUAGGAGACCUCAAAGUUGCGAUUGAUCUGUAUCAAUCGAAACUCUUCGUAAGACGGGACCAGAUGUCCUAAAUAACAAGUUUUCUCUCUAUUUAGUGGACCAUAAAAGUGUAGCAGACAUGAUAAUUUUUUUUCUUAAACUAGCUGCAUUACAAACAUAUCAUACAGUAUUCAUGGCAAAUAAAACAGUUUCACCCUGCCACUGCUCAACCUAUCAUGUACAUGCCUGCUACA